AUGGCUAUCCUCAAUCCGGAAUAUGGAAAGACUUAUGGCCAAUACAAACAAGCAACAGACAAUGUUCUGUCCUGGAUCAGAGCUCUCUACAACCGUCCGAGCACAACUCCCCUGAACAAUCAUCUCCAAUUGGCCGUUUCAGCCGUUCGAGACGGCAUCCAAAUGCCCGAGAACGUAGUCGAGAACCUGGAGACAGCCAUCAACCUACGAAGGAAGACGGCCGAGUUUCACAGACAAAAUGGAACAUCGGAUCACGGACACGAGUACAUGAUCACAGUUCUUCAAACGAUCUCAACCAUCUUCUCCCCUUCGAGACCGACGACACCAGAACCGAUUUCGGCAUUCUACACGGAACAAGCCCAAUACGCGUCGUACAUGGCGAUACGACUGGUCGGAGAGAAGAAGGAGUUCACUUUCAAAAAGAAACGACAAGAAUAG